AUGUCACCGUCUCAGGAGCCUCCAGUGCAAAGCCCCGAUGCUAAGGGGGCAGAAAAGAUAGAUGUUAAAUCAGACGAUGCUGCCGAGUAUGUGAUAGGCUUCAAGUUAGCCUUGAUUGUUGGUAGCGUGGCACUUGCUUGUUUCCUUAUGCUCUUGGACACAAUGGUUAUUGGCACAGCAAUUCCCCGUAUUACUGAUACCUUCAACUCCCUCCCCGAUGUCGGGUGGUAUGCCAGUGCGUAUCAGUUUGGAAGUGCCGCCCCACAGCCACUCACCGGGAAGAUUUAUACGAACUUCAACUCAAAGUGGUCCUUUCUGGUUUUCUUUGCCAUUUUUGAGGUCGGCUCCGUUCUAUGUGGUGCUGCCGUCUCGUCUAAUAUGUUGAUUGUUGGACGGGCUGUUGCUGGAUUUGGUGCCUCUGGCAUUAUAAACGGUGCUAUCACCAUUAUUUCAAGCUGUGCUCCGCUGGAGCAGCGCCCUAUAAACCAGCUCGGUCUUGUAGCCGGGCCUCUUGUUGGAGGAGCUUUCACUUCAUAUACUACCUGGAGAUGGUGCUUUUACAUUAACUUACCUCUGGGGGCAUUGACUGCCCUAUUCCUUCUCCUGUUACGGAUACCUGAACAAACGCAGAAGCAGAGUCCAUUGGUGGUUCUUUCAAAGCUGCAUCACCACUUAGACCUUGUUGGGUUCUUUCUCUUUGCCCCAGCCGUACUGCAACUUCUUCUCGCUCUUCAAUACGGAACAAACCAGUACCCAUGGAACUCUUCUCGUGUUAUAGGCCUAUUUUGCGGCUCCGUUGCAAACUUUGCUGUGUGGCUUAUCUGGAACAAACACAAGGGAGACAAUGCGUUGCUUCCAGCCUCCAUGCUUAAACGAAAAGUAGUGUGGACAUCAGCAUUAUACCAGUCAUUCAUGAUCUCGGCAGUUUAUGGAGCGGCAUUCUUCCUUCCCAUAUACUUCCAGGCAAUCAACAAUGCUACUCCUGUGCUUAGCGGUGUGUAUCUGUUACCCACGAUCCUUCCGCAACUUCUCGCAGCUGGUCUCUCAGGAGUACUAUUACAAAUGACGGGAUUCGUGGUACCUCUAGCCAUCGUUGGAACUGUCCUUCUUUCUGUGGGAAGUGGACUAUACUCACUGCUGCAACCAGAUAGCCCCACGGGAUACUGGGUUGGGUUCCAGAUACUUGCAGGAAUCGGUUCAGGGCUUAGCAUGCAACUGGCCAUAAUUACAGUGCAGGCAGCAGUAGGCGGAGAACAACUGGCUACCGGCAUGGCGCUGGUCAUUUUCGCCCAGUCACUUGGCCCAGCCAUCAUGCUAGUUCUAUGCAAUGUAGUUUUUCUUUCGAGCCUUGGCUCUCAGUUGCAAGAACAUGCACCACAUGCCGACGCUGCAGCGAUUAUCAAGGCUGGGGCCACGGGGUUCCGUUCUCUUGUAGAGCCUGAUGACCUUUCUGGUGUGCGGGCUGCCUACGCCAAUAGUGUCGAUCGAGUUUUCUACUUGGUUGCUGGGGUAGCUGCUGCUUGUGCACUCGUGUUAUGGGGAAUGGGCUGGCAUGACUUGAGGAAGAAAAAUACCAACGUAGAGGACGAAAGUAGCGUUGCCGAAAAGACAAACAGGGCUAAUAAUCAGCUCCUUCACUAA